AUGGCAUCCACAGGUCUGCAGCUGGUGGGGAUAGUUCUGUCUGUCUUGGGUUGGGUGUUUGGGGCGUUGGUCUGCGCAGCCCCUCUUUGGCGUGUGUCUGCAUUUGUUGGAGGAGAGUUGGUGAUCGCUCAGGUGUUGUGGGAGGGCCUCUGGAUGAACUGCCUGUCCCAGACCACGGGCCAAAUCCAGUGUAAGGCAUAUGAUUCAACACUGGCUCUGCCCUUCUCUGCCCAGGCUGCUCGGGGCCUCACUGUCCUGUCUCUGCUCCUGUGUGUACUGGCGCUGAUGCUUGCAGUGGCUGGGGCAAAGUGCACACACUGCAUGGGCGCAACCAACCCAUCCUCCAAAACCCGGGUGGCUCGUGUUGCCGGGGUGCUCUUUCUCUUGGCCGGUGUGAUCUACAUUGUACCCAUCUGCUGGACUGCAUAUGGCAUUAUCAGGGACUUCUAUGACCCGAAUAUAGCGGCACCUUUGAAAAGGGAAUUGGGGCCAGCGCUGUACCUGGGCUGGGGUGCCAGUGUGCUCCUCAUAGUGGGGGGGUUUCUGCUGCAGCAUGGCUCGAGCCCCCCCAUAUCCAGAGUGAAGCCGAUUAUCACAGCACCAGUAAAGGACAACCCAAAGGCACCAGAAGUCAAACAGCCAGAGAAAUCCUUUGUAUGA